AUGUUGCAGGAUGUGACACAAGCAGUAGAAAACGCAAUCCAGCGCCUUCUGACUGCCCCCAGCAGCACAGAUCCACACACAACGCCCAGAAGAGUCUUCACAGUCAUAGACAACACCCUCAAGGCCCCUUCUGGCUCAGGCAGCUCAGCCAACAACAACUUCUUAGUCCCUAUCAAGGAUGAACCUGACCCAAAGGGAAAAAGGGUCAAACUGGAGUCACCAGAACCACCUGAAACAACCCCAAACACUUCCUGGACAAUCCCACACACCCAGCAGCACCUUGACACCAACCCAGAGCAACUAUUCAUUGGGCCAACACCUGUAGAUCCCCCAAGCACAUCUCAAGCAGCAACAAGUAAUCCCCUAAGCAAAGAAUCUAUCAAGCACCUUCAGGGGACCGUCCCAUACUCCUGGCCCAGCCCAAGUCAAAUCAAAAUCCCUGCUCCUGAGAAGUACAAUGGAAAGAAGGGUCCUGCAGCCAAAUCCUUUAUCCAAGAUUGCAACACAUACUUCCUCAGCAAUGCUGCUUCCUUCCCUUCUGAUCACACAGCACAAAUUGCAGAACAACGCCUGCACAAGCUCAAGCAGCUGAAAUCAGCUAGUGAUUAUGCCACAGAGCUUAGAAUCAUAGCCAGCAAACUAGAAUGGUUACACCCCGCCCCCAUUGCCUCCUUCCGCCAGGGACUCAAGGCAGAAGUCAGAAGCAAGCUAAUUGAGUACACCCUGCACAAGAACAUCACUGCACUGGACAGGUUUAUCUCUACUGCUUGUCUAAUUGAUGACACGCUGUUUGAAGCGCGUAAGGAGCUAAGAAAAGACAGCAACAGCAGCACCAGCUCACUGCAACGCCCUGCUCAAGGGUGCUCAAGUAAUUUUGUUUCCAAACUCCCCACACCUGUCACUGGCAUUAAUGGCAAACAAGUCCGCAACCCUAUCCGCUUCAAGGCCUGGUUAGUCUUUAGCUCUCAAAACAGGCAAUGUUCCGCCAUCUUCUAUGCUCUUCCCCUUGGAAACAGAAACCUUAUCCUUGGAACCCCCUGGCUCAAAUUGGAUAACCCAGGUAUUGAUUGGACCACAAUGAAAGUCCCACUUUGCCUGGAUACAGAAGUACAAACUGGCAGCAUCAAUGCUGAGCCACAGAACCUGCCUGUUGAGUUUCAGAAAUUCCACAAGGUGUUUAGUGAAGAGUUCUUUACCACACUACCAAAACAUUGCCCAUAUGACAUUGCUAUUGACCUGGAAGAGGACAAACAGCCUCCCUAUGGCCCUAUCUAUUCUAUGAGCCCUGCAGAAAGUGAAGCACUCAAAGAACACAUGGACUCAGAACUUGCAGCUGGAAAGAUUGUGCUAACCACCUCACCAGUAGGAGAUCCAGUGAUGUUUGUAAAAAGGGCUGAUGGCAGGCUUUGCUUAGUGCAGGAUUAUUGCUGGUUGAAUGCCAUCACAAUCAAGGACAGAUAUGCACUACCAAGACAGGACAAACUAAUUGAGAAGCUGUGCCAUGCUAGGAUCUUCACAAAGCUAGAUUUGAGGAAUGGAUAUCACAACAUCAGAAUCAAAGAAGGAGAUGAAUGGAAGGCUGCAUUUUGCACUGCCCUUGGUCACUUUGCUCCCACAGUCAUGCAAUUUGGCCUUAGCAACGCCCCAGCUGUGUUUAUGCGCUUCAUGAACAACAUAUUCUGUGAUUUACUUGACAUCUCUGUGGUUGUGUAUUUGGAUGACAUCUUGAUCUUCUCAAACUCAAGAGAAGAGCAUGUGGAACAUCAUAAUCUAUUCUGCAACCCUGCCAAAUGCUACUUCUUUGUCACAGAAGUCACCUACAUUGGUCUUGUGAUUACUCCUGAUGGCAUCUCCAUGGAGAAAGACAAGGUGCAAGCAAUCAUGGACUGGCCUGAACCCCAUAAUAAGGAGCAACCAUGGAUCUGGCUAGAAGAACAGAAAGCAGCAUUUGAUGCCAUCAAGGCUGAGAUUUACAAGGAGCCUGUUCUAGCUCACCCUGAUGAAUCUAAACCUUACACCUUGGAAACAGACACCUCUGGAGCAGCCAUGGGUGCUGUACUAUCUCAGAGAAAGGAAGAUGGUUGUCUACAUCCUGCAUUCAUGUCAGUCAGCUUUUCACCUGCUGAGCUGAACUAUGACAUGCAUGACAAGGAGCUACUUGCCAUCAUUUGUGCAUUUGAGCACUGGAGUAUCUUCCUGGAAGGAACUGAGCAGCCAAUCACUGUGUUUACUGACCACAAGAAUCUGGAGUACUGGAAAUCAGCUAGAACCUUCAACAGGCGUCAUGCGCACUGGCAUCUCAUGCUGGGGUCCUACAACUUUGUUAUUGCUUAUACACCUGGAAAACAGUUGCAGAAACCUGAUGCCCUGUCAAGACAACCUGAUCACAUGGACUUAGAACCAGCUCCACAAGUUAUGAUUCCAGAAUCUUAUUUUGAGGCAUUUUCAGCACACAUGGGCUCAUCCUUGCUGGAUCAAAUCAAGGAAGCUACUCAGGAAGACCCUAGUCUUGACACAAUCUUGCUAGCUGUAUCGGACCCUAAAUCCAUGCCCCACAGCAUUGCACAAAAGUUCAAGGACUAUACAAUUCAGAAGGGUCUACUUUUGUAUCAAGGAAGAAUAGUUGUGCCAGAUGAAUCUGAGAUUAAACAGCAGCUCUUAUCAUUUCCAUGA